AUAGUCAUUUACUCAUCUAACAUGUCAUUAAUUGUAUAUAAAAUUACAUGCAUAAUGUCAGGUACGACACAUGCAGGCUCCUUAGCCAAUCAUUGACCCCUGCUUUUCUUUACUGCCCUAAAGCUUUGUUCUGACCAGCUAUUCAGUAAUUCAAUAUGUUGAAACAGAUCAUAAACCUCCUUCCUUUAAGUCAUGCUUUCCAUAUGUUGCAAAACAUGUGUAUUUCAUGCAACAAUGCAAUGCAAACUCGAUAAGUCUAGUUAUUUCAAACUUAACCUUCCAUGUAACGUCUGUGGUAGUUAGGUGUUGGAACAUGGAGUACUUGAGAAUGCUGUCAACAAAAGCUCAGCAACAGACAAUACCUCAACAGAAACAAAAGGCAAGAGGUGACAUCGAUACCCUCACUGACAAAAAGAGCUGAAACCAAAUGCCCCGCCCCGGGUUUAAACUACGGUUGUAUUCACACAGCAGAGUGAUAACGAUAUCAACACAGUCUGCAGAUUGACGUCAGUGUUUUGCAAUUACGCAUCAGAAGAAGUGGGCCAAAACACAGUUCUACGAUGGCUGUGGCACUUCUGUCCCUUGUCUUGCUGACCACGUCAGUUCUGCAGACCCGCGGGUGUGGCUUCAGCAGCACAAGCUGCACAACAAGCAGCAGUGGGGAGGAACAGCUGGCCCAGAGGCGGGGAGAAACACUGGCGCAAAAGGUGACCCACUUGGAGGACAUCAACAUGGAGCUGCAGGAAGAAGUGGUGGGACUCCGGCGGACCCUCUCGGACCAGGUGGAGGUCCAGCACGUCAUUGACGACCGCAACCGGGCUCAGACCGAGAUCAACCACCUGAAGCUCGAACAGACAGAGCUGCAGAAGAUGCUGAAGAGAGUGGAGAACGAGAACGAGUACCUGAAAUCUACCAUGAGACAAGCGGGGAUAAUCUCCCAGGCUAACCCCGCCAAGACAACAAGGGCAAAUCAGUCCGGACUACCCAGUGCGAUCGCCGCUAGUAACACCCAGCUCUGCAAGGCUCUGAACACCUGGCAGCAGGACACCGGCAUGCCGUGUACCACUGAGGAUAGCCCAACGUGCACGGCGUACGAUGUGGUGUUUGCCGGCCGUGCGGUCCCCGUAUACUGCGACGAGGGCAGUGUUCACGACUGGAUUGUGAUCCAGAGGAGGCUGAAUGGAUCUGUGAACUUCAACAGGGACUGGCACGACUACAAGGAGGGGUUUGGUGAUCCGGACGGGGACUAUUGGCUGGGGCUUAAGCUCAUCCACAAGCUGACAAAGAACGGUAAAUGGACACUGCGCAUUGACAUGGAAGACUGGGAGGGCAUCGUACGGUGGGCGCAGUACGCAAGCUUCCGCGUCGCCAACGAAGCAAAACACUUUCAGCUCCACAUAGCAGGCUACAGGGGAAAUGCAGGGGAUGCCAUGACGUACCACAACGGCAUGUCCUUCUCGACAUCCAACAAGAGCAACGUUGACCUGCAGGCGGCGCGCCAGAACCCGGACUGUUCGCAGGACUAUCGCAGCGGCUGGUGGUUUGGACCCUGUUUCAAGGCCCUCCUGACUGGACCUUAUGCUGGGAACUGUGGCUACAGCUGUCCGUACGGGGAGGGACUGUACUGGAACACCUGGAGAACUGGGUAUUCACUGAAGACUGUCACAAUGAAAAUCAGGCCUGCGGUCACUGAGUGAGAGCAGAACUAUUAAAAUGCACAGAAUUCAUACUGGGUUUGUCACAAUGGACUUGAUAUGAUUCUGAAAUGUCAAGUUGCGUGGAGAAACAUUGCUGUUGAAAAAAUUGCUUCUGUUAUACAUAUUUUAAAUCAUCACCAUUGUCAAAGAAAAUCCGGGUUUGACCUAUCUAACAGGAUUACCAGAUUUAUGGUAUUUCCCUUUUGUUAUUUCAAUUGUUGUUGCUGCUGCAUUCAGAAAUAUAUAUUUACAAUCAAAGUAGGGCAAUGCAUAAAUAUACUGUACAAAAUAUGUACAGCUACUAUGAAUACCUGAUGUCCAAGGACAAUGCUAUGUUUGUGAAUAAGCUGUAAGAUAUUGUGAAUUAUUCCUUGAGCCUGCAAAAAUUUCAUGCCUUUGAGUUUUGAUUAAACUA